ACAACGUUUGCUCCAUUCGAUGUGCAAGCAAAAAUAGUGAUUUUUCGUUGUGAAAUAACGACAAUCGGCACUCAUCCCUUGUUAUCCGCAGAAAAUGUCCUCCAGCGAAGGUCCGAAAGGUGAAUUCAAGAUCGAAGGCACGGGACGCCAGCUGAAAAAGACGGAAGUUGACUUCAUGCGGCUGAUUGAGCAACAGAAUCUACAGCGUGUUCAGAAGCUACAGCGCCAGCGACGCAACAACAAACUUACCGGCAUCGCCCUCGGUGGUACGGUGCUUGGAAUUUAUCUUUACUCGAUGUUUUCUGUGAAGCAGGAGAAGUUCCUAGAUGAUUUUGAAGAACCAGUCAAGCUAGAAGUGGAAAACAAGGCUCUGUAAACCUACUUUGUCAAUUUUUAUUUGAUUUAUUAGUUUGUAAGCACUUAACACACCAUGUCUGCAUCUACGAAAAUACCGAGGGCCCUAACCGCGUCCGGUAUCCGGCUACCGCCCCUUCCGACCAUCCGGGAUCUGGUAAAGCU